AAAAGCUGCAGCAAAAACUACAGAAGCUGGGAGUAGCUCCUCCUGCUAGCUCUGCAGGAGACAUCAGCAAUGGGGGCACAGACCUUCUUACCUUGUUUGUUGUCAACCAGAUAGCUUCCACAAAAACUAAUCAAGAACCUCCAAAAGUAGCCACAUUUGGCAGGUCUAAAGGAUCCAGGCAUAAGAUUGUUCUUCCAAUGAGCCCUUGUUCUCCAUCCCGUCUCAACUUUGUGGAGGGAGCCGCUCAGAGCAGUGUUAAAGAGAUCAGGGAACAAAUGAGUCCACAGAGGUUCAAAAAUAGACAGGUCAGUUACUGCAUUUGUAAAGUUUAAUACAUUAUUUUAUUUUUUUAACAAAGUAAUAAGCUUCUUUCUUAAACAAUCACAAGUUAUCACCAGUAUUGGAGUCAGUAUUUUCAGAGAACUGUGCAUCUGACUACCUGCCAUCCAUUAAUGACCCACCACCGUCCAUCUCCCCUUCAGGCCACGGUUUGACCAAACAAACAGCCAUGAAGCAAUAUUCUGUGUACAUUUAGACAGUAAAUGAACACAUUUGGCGUAAUGACUAAUGAAAAUCUGGUUCUUCCAGGAUUUUUCCUGCAAAAACAGGCCCAGACACAGCCUCUUCCUCACUAUUCACCUCCACAGUGGGACACAUCAACUUUGCCACAAGCUGAGUUUCAGCCCUUCUCCCAGCCCAGAAGUAUGACGGAUCCCAUAUCCUGGUCUGUCCGAUCCAACCCACCCCCUUUCCAGCUGGGAACCCCCACAUCCCAAUUCCUAUUUGGAAGCCCAAAACCAGAUAAAACUGAAGCAGGAAGUUAUGGUGAACAUUCAGGUCCCUUUAUUCUAAAUCAGCGGGAGCCUGAACAGCCCACUCUGGAAUUUCCAAGAAGCCAUUCUGAACCCCUCCAUCUGUUUGAAGAGGAAGACUUCCCAAUUUUUAAUGAGGAUAAGCAUGGGAGAGAAAGUGCUCCCUUUGGGGAUGCAGGAAUGCAAUAUCUCAGAGAGGAAUCAUCAGUGAGACCUCCAUCCCCUCAAACUGUGCCCAAUCCUCAGGCUUCUGGAAUGGAGCUUUUCCACUGCAGUGACACACAUUCCUCAUGUCUGGGAGAGAAUGCUGGGCUUUUGGAAAGCUUUGAAUACUCGCCAAGUUGCUCAUGCAGAGGAGGUUACCCCAGUUCAGACUCCAAUGAUGAUGAACCCUACUGCGAGUCAUGUCCCCAAGAACCUGCUUUUUAUUCGGAUGAAGCCUGCUGUUCUGAUGGUCGUAAAUCAGCCUCACAGAGAAUUACAGUCCUCUCCCAGCAGCAGCAGCCUCUCACCCCACUAAUGAGAUCCAAAACGAAUGUCAGAGGAACCCCAAACAUGACGCUGAAUGAGGCCAUCACAGAUACUGCCUCUGGAGGCCAGCAGACAGGGACCUUCAAUGCUCCGUUUUCAUCUCCUCGCCCUAUAGCUGAAACUCAGAGCUCAGAAAUAUGUAGAUGUAAGAAAAUGUGCAGCGAGAGUCAAGACGUAGGGACUCAGACAGCCUACACCAGCGCAGCUGAUACUCAGGAUGCUUCAACCCAGUGCAGCUUUGUUGAAAACACAAAGACCAGAGCCUCUGGCUUCCCUUUGCUUCGACCAGCUGUGGACGCGUCUCAACAGUUCCCAGCACAUGAGAGGGAGUCCGAAGUGGAGCCACAGACACUCAGAGCUUCAUCAAAAGGGCCAGGAAGUAAAGAUGGAGUGGCUCUUUUGAGCUGGAAGAAACCAAAGAAUGCCUCAGGAGGCAUGGCUUUCAACAAUGUCACUGCAGAAAAGAGACUCAUCAAACCUGUAAUUGGUAUUUGGAGCCUAAAAGGAGAGGAAAACGGGGGAAUGAGAGAGCGGACUGGGCCAGAUGAAAACAACCCUUUGGUAAGAGAGGUGUUCGACAGGGGAAGACAGGAGGUCACAUCUGCCAGCAGAGGUCACACACUCUCAGAAGAGGAGGAGACGCUUCGAGAAAUAGCCGACGUUUUACUCCUAAUGAAGCAGAGGAGGAAUGAUCAGGAGUGAUGGAAGGAAAGGAGGCAGACAUAGGAAACCUGACAUGAAGUAUUCAUUGUUCUAGCUGAAAGAAGCAUAAUUUAAUUAACUGUAUCAAAUAUAUGUUAUCUAAUAAUAAAACAAAAAGCUUUCAC